AUGGCUCGUGGAUUGAAGAAGCACUUGAAGCGCUUGGCCGCCCCCAAGCACUGGAUGCUGGACAAACUCGGAGGAAACUUCGCCCCGCGUCCAGUUCAUGGUGGACACAAACUGCGUGAAUCACUUCCGCUGAUCCUCUUUAUCCGCAACCGUCUGAAGUACGCCCUUUCCUACGACGAGGCUCGCAAGAUCUGCAUGCAGAGGCUCAUCAAGGUCGACGGCAAGGUCCGCACUGAAAUGCGCUACCCCGCCGGCUUCAUGGAUGUCAUCACCAUCGAGAAGACGAACGAGACCUUCCGUCUCCUCUACGACGUCAAGGGCCGUUUCACUGUCCACCGCAUCACCCCGGCUGAGGGCCAGUUCAAGCUCUGCAAAAUCACCAACAAAUACACCGGACCCAAGGACGUGCCGCUCAUCACCGUUCAUGAUGGCCGAACCCUCCGCUACCCGGAUCCCCGUGUCAAGACCAAUGACACCGUUGUCUUGGAUGUGACUACCGGCAAGAUCACCGAUUUCGUCCGCUUCGAGGCCGGAAACCUGGUGAUGAUCACUGGAGGCCGUAACGUUGGACGUGUCGGAGUCAUCAGCCACCACGACCAUCACCCCGGCAGCUUCGACAUCAUUCACGUCAAGGACGCCGUCGGACACACGUUCGCUACCAGAAUCCAAAACGUCUUCGUGAUCGGAAAGGGCACCAAGUCUCUCGUCUCCCUGCCUGCCCAGAAGGGUAUCAAGCUGACGAUCGCCGAGGAGCGCGACAAGAGAAUUGCCGCCAAACGUGCCCAC